ACAUCACACCGCGAGCAAAUGGACAACAACAAUGAAGUGGAAGUUCCUCCAUUCUUUCUCUGUCCCAUCUCGCUGGAGAUCAUGAGAGAUCCGGUCUCCCUCUCGACGGGCAUAACCUAUGAUCGAGAGAGCAUUGAGACAUGGCUGUCCACGUCCAAGAACAGCUUGUGCCCCAUCACCAAACGGCCAAUCUCUGACAUGGACCUGACCCCGAACCACAACCUCCGCCGCCUGAUCCAAUCUUGGUGCACCCUCAACUCAUCGCAUGGCAUCGAGCGGAUUCCAACCCCAAAGUCUCCCAUCAGCAAAGCCAAGAUCGCCAAGAUCCUGCGAGAUGCCGAGAAGCCUCAACUCCAGCAGAAGUGUCUUAGGUGGCUGAGAUCUAUCGUUUCUCAUAAUACUUCAGCCAAGCGUUGCAUGGAAGCCACCGGCGCCGUUGAGUUCUUGUCCUCCCUGAUAAAUACAACCUCACAAAAUCAGUCAUUGGCAUUGGAAGUUGGGUCACUGGUCGACAUCAAAACAACGAGUGAUGACGCGCUGUAUAUCCUCUACCAUCUCCAGCUCUCCGAACUGGGCCUCAAGAGCCUUGUCGCCAAGGACAGUGCGUUCACCGAAUCACUCACACGCAUCAUGCAGCGUGGACCUUACGAGUCGAGGGCGUAUGGGGUGCUGCUGCUCAAGUCAAUGUUUGAGGUGGCCGAGCCAAUGCAGAUCAUCACCCUGAGGCAGGAGUUCUUUGCUGAGGCGGUCCAAGUCCUGCACGACCAGAUCUCUCACCAGGCCACCAAGGCCACACUGAAGCUACUGAUAAACCUAUGCCCUUGGGGCCGAAACAGGAUCAAAGCUGUUGAAUCCGGGGCAGUCUCGGUAUUGAUUGAGCUGCUUUUUGAUUGCUCUGACCGGAGGACCAGCGAGUUAAUGUUGAUGUUGUUGGAGAUGCUGUGUCAAUGUGCCGAGGGGAGAUCGGAGUUGCUAAGGCAUGGGGCGGGCAUUGCGGUUGUGUCAAAGAGGAUACUUAGGGUUUCACAGAUGGCUAGCGAGAGGGCAGUCCGAAUUCUGCUCUCUGUCUCCAAGUUCUCGGCAACCGCGAGCGUUGCGCAAGAAAUGUUGCAGUUGGGCGUCGCAGCAAAGCUGUGUUUGGUUCUGCAAGUGGACUGUGGGCGGAAGAUCAAAGAAAAGGCGAUUGAGAUACUAAAAUUGCAUGCCAGGGUUUGGAGGCACUCUCCUUGUAUACCCUCCAAUUUGCUCUCUUCACACCCAUCUUGA